AUGUCGGACCUUUCAGGUUCGCGUUCUCCGGUCCCUCCCCCUCCCCCUCCGCCGCCACAAAAGUACUCCAAUCGGGCCGCCAGUGCUUUUGCGAGGUUCGCGCCCUUCUUUGGCUCGAGGCCUCCAAGUCCACAAAGCAGUCGUGCGGAUGGUCCCCGAUCAAUCAGAUCGAAAUCGCUGUAUGUCUCUCACCGCUCUGAUAUUCCAUGUCUUCUAGACCUGCAAGCACCCCCCUCCCCCACGCGCGAUUUGAUGUCAUCGGGGCUAGUGGGAGCACCAGGAGAACCGCAGACGGUGACCCAUAAAACAGGGAUCGCGAUCACGGCUUUGGACAUAUCGCCGGAACGGACACAUGCGGUCAUUGCGGGCAAGGAGAUACUCAAAACCAUCCGCGUCUCCCCCGACCACUCCUCGGAAGAAUUCAAUAUUCGAAAUGCCGUCAUCAGUUAUGCAUCCAACCAUCAUGAAGCUGGUGUGUCGAUGCCACAUAAAGAUCAAUUGAAUGUCAAGGACGUCAAAUGGUCACAUGGGACCUUCGACCGGACAAUCGCAACUGCAGUUGCAAAUGGUCGGAUUGUCGUCUACGACCUGCAGCGACCCGGUCUCCAACUAUGUCGCUUCCAAGGCCAUAACCGCCAGGUUCAUAGGCUCGCCUUCAACCCCCAUUUCCCAUCUUGGCUCUUGUCGGGCAGUCAGGAUGGCACGAUUCGAAUGUGGGAUCUGCGCGCCGCCUCUGCGAAUCGGGGCAGUUCCACGUGCGGCAGCAAACAUGUGUACCAGGGCAAUAGCGAUGCUAUCCGGGACGUCCGAUGGUCUCCCAGUGAUGGAGUUGUGUUCGCGACCGCCUCGGACAGCGGCGCCAUUCAAAUGUGGGAUUAUCGCAAGGGCAAUGCACCGUUGAUGAGAAUCGCCGCUCACGAUCGGCCAUGUUUCGCCGUGGACUGGCAUCCCGACGGCAAGCAUAUAGUCAGUGGUGGUACAGACCGCCAGGUAAAAGUGUGGGACUUCUCCUCGUCUGCAGAGCGACGGCAGAAACCUGCGUUCCAGUUCCGAACACCCCAGGCGGUCACAAAUGUGCGAUGGCGGCCUCCUUCUUGGGUUGGCGAGUCACCUGCCUCGGGAGAAUGGCAGUCAUCUCAAGUCGUCACGUCCUACGACAAAGAAGAUCCCCGUGUCCACCUCUGGGAUCUUCGACGCCCCCAUGUUCCAUUCCGUGAGUUUGAUCGAUACGACUCCCCUGCAUCGGAUUUACUGUGGCGAUCCAAAGACCUCCUGUGGACCGUCGGUGAGGCCGGAGCCUUUACGCAGACAGAUGUACGGUAUGCGCCAGCCGUGAUCAAUCGCCGACCGAUGUGCUCGGUGGCCUGGAGUCCUAAUGGCGAAUUCGUUGCCUUUGCCCAGAAGCGGCCCAGGCGACGCCCGUUGGGAGUCAAUGCUGCCGAAUUUCUACUUCAUGAGGAAGGCGAGGAUAGUACCGAUGAGAAAUCGUUGAGCCAAAGUCCCGGCGAUGAUAUCAUUGAUGAAGCAGCCUUAGCUACUUCUCUUCAUAACCAAAAUACCAAAUCGGCUACAACUCGACCAUCCAAGUUCUUGGGGAGUACUUCACCGGGGACAGUGGAUUCCAUUCAGGUCCUGCCCCUUGAUCAGGCCCUGGCUAAGAUUGCGACUCCUGCGCCCAGUCAGUUGGGAACUAUUGCCAUGAUCCCAGGUGCUACGAAUGACCCAGAAGUUUUCCGGUAUCUAGCAAGCAACUACACGCCAUUGAUGGACGAGUAUCGAGAAACAAGGACACAGGCUGAUAUUCUCAACACCUUGAUCGAAUCCCUAGACCGGAAUGCUGAGUGUGCUGACGAGGUCUCAUUGAUCAAGGUGGCUCAGACUUGGAGAAUCGUCAAAUUUGCCAUUCUCCAAGAGCUUCAGCGCCGAGCAAGAGCGCAACCGGCCCAAGGCGGCCUGAGAGACAGAACAUCCAAAGACAGCUCUUUGUUGGACAGGUCGCGCGAAGAUGGCCGACACGAAAGGGCUAAAAGUCGGUUGUUUAAAGGGGUCAUGGAAGCCGUGCCCGAGGUUGAAAGCACCUCCAACAUGACAACCCCUCUAGCGAAACCAUUACCAGAUUCUCCAGUUAUGGACUCCUGGUCUAGCACUGAUGAUUCUCACAUACCAUCAUUAGAUGACAGGGCCAUUGAUAUUGAUCCUCUACCACCAUCGGUUCUGAGUUCUCAUAACGGUUGGGGGAUGUCAGACACCGAAGCUCGUCAUAAACCCAACCCCCAGGUGCAAGUAUCUUCUAUUGAUGAUGUUGCUCUGCCAGACCACCGUCGAGAUCCAACCCAGGAAGAGUUGGACAAUGAGCAACGGUCUGCACCUCGGGCCAUUGCUGGCAAUGCAGAUUGGCGCCGGCAUCGUCACACAGACUUUGCUCGGGAAACCUCGGAAGACGACUAUGACCAAAAGCUAGAGGACAAACGUGCAGCUAUUCGUGAUUUCAGGCAAUACCCCAAGAAGCCCUUGACUCUUGAGUCAGCGAUGGAAUCCAACCGGCCUCCCUCGACUGAACGAUAUGGACGGCACGAUUCUUCAGAAAGUUUCCCCAUGUUCUCUACAUCGACAGACAGUUCGCAUCCAUCAAGAUCUAUCGCAGCUUCAUACUCAUCUACCGGGCAGCUUGAUGUUUCCAGGUUGCCAGAUGCUAGCCAAUCUUCUGGGAUGAGAAGAGGUUCGAAUCUAGCUUCUACGCGCGAGGAAUCCGAAGACGAGAGUUUCGAAAAUGAGGUCUUAGACACCGAUCGACUGCAUCUCCAGCGCCCAUCCAGUCCUCCUCCUUUAAUCAAGGAGUCAACCCCGUUUGAACCGCAGGUAGAAAUGACCUUCCCUGGCGAUUCAAAUUACAGGGCCACCGCGCCUUAUUCCGCAAACGACGAUUUUUCACGAGUAAAGAUUCCGCUUAUGCCUGAUGGGACAGAUUUGAAGCCGUGGAGCAUUGAAACAAUCCUGAAGGAAGCAGUUCGUUAUUAUCACAGCAGCAGUAGCUCUGUUGAUAUCCAGACAGCCGCCCAUCUCCUACAGAAGCUCCAUGUUCUUUUCCAAGACUGCGAGGAAAUCCUGCCGUAUGAAGAAUGUGAAAUGGUCUUCAAGACCUAUAAUGAGCACCUCAUCCGGCACUCAAUGGAUUUGGAAGCCGCAGAACUCCGUCUGUCCUGUGUGGAAACCUACCCUGCUGUGUACGACUACGCGCAGGCAGACUCGUUUAUCAAUGUAUAUUGCUACACCUGUCAACGACCCUUUGAGAAUCCGAAACAGGACAAUACCCGCUGCUAUCGCUGCAGCACACCUCAAGCACCAUGCUCCAUCUGCAUGUGCCUUGAACCUCCCCCAGAAUGGGCGACAGAUCGAACACAACCCCAGCCCACCUCAUCCACCCUCUCGAGCCCAAACCCAGACUCCGAGACCCUCUCCCACACCUCAUCCCAAUCCUCCGUCCCCACAGAACCCGUCUCGGACUCGGAAAUGGAGACUUUCGCACCUUUCUCAGCACCCAGAUCAAAAGGCUCCGCCAUCUGGACCUGGUGCCAAGGCUGUGGCCACGGCGGCCACCUAGCCUGCAUAACAACCUGGCUGGGCGACGUAACCAUCAGCGAAGGCGGGUGCGCAACAGCAGGCUGUAUGCACGACUGCGGCCCCGGUCCCCGUCGCGAAGUAAACCGCCAAACCAUUCAGACAGAGUCCAAGCGUCGUGAUUCCGCAAGUCGCUCUGCUGGCGCUGGCCUCGUCAAGCGGGAUCCUUGGACUAAAAGUGAAAGUAAAGCCGUGGAGAAGGUUCGCGGUAUGCUUGGCGUUGCCGGUGUCGCUGCUGCUACUGGUGGAAGCGGCGCUGGGCCUGUUACGUCGACGAAUACUACUGCUGCCCCGACGCCUAUUUCGUCUGGUGCUAUGUCACCUAAGCGGGUUAGGCUUGUUACGCCUACUGAGCAAGAGCAGGAAACUCGUGUGGGCCUUGCUUUCAAGGAAUAG